ACAUGUUUAAGCCAUUAGUUUAUAUUUUCCAACGCGUAAAACUCAAGAAUCUCCUAUGGCAUAACCCAUCCACCCUUCAAGCCCCUUGGUUUUGUCUCCCAAAACCAUGGGUUCUGUUCUUCCCCCCACCUUUAUAUAUAAAACCAAAAAUCUCAUUCUAAACCUCCAAGCAAAAUCCCAUCAAAGACCCAUUUUUGAAGAAUGAGCAGUGGAGCAGUUUCAGCAAGCAAAGCCUGGAUUGUGGCAGCCACAAUCGGAGCAGUUGAGGCAUUGAAAGACCAAGGCAUUUGCAGGUGGAAUUACACCAUGAGGUCACUGCAUCAACAUGCCAAGAAAAAUAUCAGAUCUUCUUCUUUCUUUUCUUCUUCUUCUUCUUCUUCUUCUGCUGCUGCUGUUUCAAAUAAGUUGAGGGAGGAAAAGAUGAGGAAAGCUGAGCAGACUACGAAGAAAGUUAUGGAUUUGAACUGUUGGGGUCCUAAUACUGUUAGAUUUUAAUGUUCAUACAAACUACUACAAUAUUUUUCCUUUUUGUUAGAGAAAAAAAAAUUAUAGAGAGAGAUGAUCUGAAUUGGUGUAAAUCAGCCUUUUCAAAAAAAAAAUUCAUAUUAUGUUCUCUAUGAUUUGGAUCUUGUUGUACUGGGGAUUAUCAUAUGAAAUACAAUCUAAAGCUGGGUUGUAAACA